AUGACGACUCGUACAGAUAUCAACGAUGAUCCAUCUCUAGUCUGGCCGCCAAUUCAGACGGCACUGGAGGCGGAACCUCAUCUCUCUAAUCUCGGUUUCUCUUUGCUCUCUCCCUCCCCGUCCUUCCUCAGUGGAGAUGCUCGCUACUCUUUUCUGUCGGAACCCUCCCAAAGCUCUUUUGGGUCGAUGGGGAUGUCUCUUGGCUUCUUAUGGUGUGGCGCAAGACUCUGGGUGGCACGGUGGAGGGGAGAAUCGGCGGUUAAGGCUGUAGCACUCGUCAGAUCUGGUUUUACUUCUUCAAGAUCUCUGGCGAAAGCGACUAUAAUGCAAGCCACCAUCAACGCUAACCGGCUUUCAUCAUUCCGUGAAAGGCUCUCCGCCGGAACCAUGUAUUCCAUCUCCGGCUUUGACGUGGCUCGAUGUGCUCAGAACUUCAAGCUUACCGACUCUUCUUUGAUGAUUCGGUUCAACGAUUCAACCGAAUUUGACGUGCUAACCGAUCCGGUAUCUCCCUUACCUGUAGAAGGAUUUCGGUUCCGUAACCAGACCGAGCUGGUUGGAUUGGCUAACACGAACAAUCAGCUUCCAGAUAUCAUAGGUGAGAUCAGUGUGGUGAAGAGCACCGUGAGUGAACCUCCGGAGGAUAAAAAUCGUGUCAUGGUGACGGUCAAACUGGAAAGUGAUGUGUCUGUUACACUUAGCCUAUUCGACUGUCAAGCUGUUUUGUUUCACAAAAAGCUUGAAGGCAUGCGUGAUGAUCCAAAGGUGAUUGUUGCCACGAACAUCAAUCCGAAGAUGAUUGGAGGUCGUUUGUUUCUCAACGCAACAUCAGGGACGCAUGUUUAUUUUGAUAAGGAAACCAAUGCAAGAGAAUCUUUCUUGAGUGUAUUUGACGUGGAAGUAUUGGUGGCUAGGGACACUGGUCUUACACCUGCUGCACCACUACUGAGGGCAUAUGCAAAGGUCGAGUCUAUGACAAUCGCCGAGCUAAACAAUUUUGUCAUCACUGCUCCAUCACAGGAAAUCGAUUUCUUAUGCACUGGAAGGGUCUCGAGCGUUGACGCGGACAAGGGGUGGUGUUAUGUUGCAUGCUCUAAAUGCAGUAGGAAGUUGCAGCGCUCUGUCGCUGCGUUCGAGUGUGCGCGAUGCAAUAGUUCUCACGCUGUUGGAUCUCUACGUUAUCGUGUAGAGAUGGUGGUAGCGGAUGAAACCGCCGAAGGGACAUUCGUCUGUUUCGAUGGUGUGAUGAAGAAGUUACACAAUCUCAGAGCAAGUGAGGCUGGUCAGAUGUUGGCUGAAGAAGGUGUCAAUCCUGAAGACUCUAUUAUGCCUCCGUUCAUUGCUGAUAUGGAUGGCAAGACUUACACUUUUCAAGUUAGAGUCACAGCGUACAACUUCACUGUCAAUCAUCAAUCAUUUACCGUCUCUCGCAUCAUCAAUGAGAUUGAGCGCGUUCCAGCCCCUGAAUUUGUCGAUAAUGUAGGGGAUGAUGAUGAUGAUGAUGAUGAUGAUGAUAAGCCAGAUGUCAAGAAAGGACAAGGAAAGUCUGCAUCCGGCGAUGGCGUUUGUGAGGCAUCAAAGAAUGCUGUAAAGGAUCCAGUUCGUAAUGCGCAUAAGAAGGCGCGUGUUGCUUGA